CUUUUGGGCCUGGUGCUCUGUAACUCUAAUCUCAGUUUCUGGGAUCCAGUACCAUGCAUCUCCUCUUUCUUCAGUUGAUUGUGCUCUUGCCUCUGGGGAAGGCAGGCCUAUGUGUAGAUGACUGCCAGAGUCAGGGCUCUUUUUCCUUUGCCCUCCCAGAAAGGGGUCGCAGAGACCUCCACAUGGUCAACCAUGAGGAGGCAGAAGACAAGCCGGAUCUGUUUGUGGCUGUGCCACAUCUCAUGGGCACCAGCUCAGCUAGGGAAGGCCAGAGGCAGAGAGAGAAGAUGCUGUCUAGGCUUGGAAGAUUCUGGAAGAAACCUGAGGCAGAACUUUAUCCCACAAGGGACAUGGAAAGUGAUCAUGUCCUAUCGGGGAUCCAGGCCCUCACUCAGCCAGCAGAUGUGAGGAAAUUGGAGAGAUCACCUCUUCAGGAGGAAGCCAAGAAAUUCUGGCAUCGCUUCAUGUUCAGAAAGGGCCCCGCCUCCCAGGGGGUCAUCCUGCCCAUCAAAAGCCAUGAAGUACACUGGGAAACCUGCAGGACAGUGCCCUUCAACCAGACCAUCGCCCACGAAGACUGUCAAAAAGUCACUGUCCAGAACAACCUUUGCUUUGGGAAAUGCGGUUCCAUUCAUUUUCCCGGAGAAGGGGCACAUCCCCACAACUUCUGCUCCCACUGCUCACCCACCAAAUUCACCACCACGCACUUGAGACUGAACUGCACCAGCCCAACCCCCGUGGUCAAGAUGGUGAUACAAGUGGAAGAAUGUCAGUGCAUGGUGAAGACGGAACAUGGAGAGGAGCGUCGCCUACUGGCUGGUUCCCAGGAUUCCUUCAUCUCUGGACUCCCAGCUUAAAAGACAAACCCAUGAUUACCUCAGAAAACAAAACCAGAAUGAGUGAGGGUUGUUUAAUCUGGAAAGGUCAAGUGGGUUAUAUAAAACUCAAUGGAAAUCUCUCUCUCUCUCUCUCUCUCUCUCUCUCUCUCUCUCUCUCACACACACACACACACACACACACACACACACACACACACACACACACUUGUGUUUAGACAGGGUCUUGUGUAUUCCAGGCUGGCCUCAAACUUGCUAUGUGGCUGGGGAUGCUUUUAAACUCCUGAUCCACUUCCUGAGUGCUGGGAUUACAGGCAUGCACCAUAACACAUAGCUCCCAGAGGCACUUUUAAAGAGAUUUUUGCAUGCUUCAAAGUUGCCUUUGAGACUCAGGAAAUUUUUUUAUUCUAUGGAAUGGAUCUUGCCACAGAUGUGGGAGCAGUGUGCUUGGUGGCCCAUGUUUUUUGAUUUCCUUUCUGUACUGUCUGCAUGAAGUUUUUACUGUUGGUUAUCUGACUUUGAAGAAACAAUAGUGAUGCUACUCUUAGCAGUUUACACGUGGGAGGGGUUCAGGCAUGAGGAACCAAGCCUCCUCCUGGAAUAAGAGGAAAGGACAUGAACAGUAGUAGAGUCACUUGAGGAAGUUACUAAGACACUCCAUAAGUCUCUAAGUACAUUGCAAGUCAUUUUGAAGCAAAAUGGUCUAUAGACAAAAUCUUCUACUCACAUGCCUUUGAAUCUUGAAGUAAGUUGAAUUUCUAUUUUGUGCUUCUUCCUAUUGUAUGAGUAUGCAUGACAAAUUCAAACGUCAACAACAAGUUCUGAAUAUGAUCUGAAUGUUGUAAUACAUUAAAUUGUAGCAUGUGAAAA